CGGCGCGCUCUUGACAAACCACCUUUCCCGAGCGGCAGCAGUUACACACACCGACAGGAGGUCGCCUCAACAAACCAACCAUGAAGGUCUUCGUCGCUCUCGCCCUCAUCUCCCUGGGCAUCCACGCUGAGGCUUACUAUGGCGGAAACUUCUAUGGCGGUUUCGGAUCUGGCCUCUACGGCGGUGGUCUCGUCGGUUCUGGUCUUUCUGGCUUCUAUGGCGGUGGUCUAGGAUCUGGUCUCGUCGGUGGUGGUCUCGUCGGUGGUGGUCUCCUCGGCGGUGGUCUCCUCGGCGGUGGUCUCCUCGGCGGUGGUGUCCUCGGCGGUGGUGUCCUCGGCGGUGGCCUUUCUGGUUUCUCUGGGCUAUACGGCGGUGGUCUCAGCGGUCUCGGUGGUCUUAGCGGCCUCGGCUAUUCUGGUCUCUCUGGCUACCGUGUCGGAGGUGUUCUCGGUGGUUUCGGCAGCCCACUCGGUGGAUUCGGUAGCCCACUCGGUGGAUUUGGUAGCCCACUCAGCGGCUUCGGCAGCCCACUCAGUGGAUUCGGCAGCCCCUUCAGCAGAUUCGGCAGCCCACUCGGCGGAUUCGGCAGCCCACUAAGCGGACUCGGCAGCCCACUCAGCGGAUUCGGUAGCCCACUUAGCGGAUUCGGUAGCCCACUUAGCGGAUUCGGCAGCCCACUCAGCGGAUUCGGCAGCCCCCUCAGUGGACUCGGCAGCCCAUUCGGUAGCUACGGCCCUUUGUCCAUGGGUCUCGGAGCCCCCAGGCGAUUCCCCGGUGACCUCCGCCUUAUCUCUGAGCCCACCUCCCGCCUUCCCCUUAGCGACGCCGUCUACAUUGGUGUAGUCCGCCAGCGCCUGGUGCCCGCUCCCUACCGUGUCCCACGCCCAGUCCCAGUUCCACAGCCAUUCCCAGUCCCACAGCCAUUCCCAGUUGACGUGCCAGUUCCAAAGCCAGUCGAGGUCCCAGUCCCACAGCCACACCCAAUCCACACCGUCACUGAGGUGACCAACACCGCUGUCGUCCAGCCCAUCACCAACACAGUAAGACGACAGCGUAUAUAUAAGCCACAGCUAGGUUCUUACCGACCACCUUUCGUCGGCGACAGACAAAACACAUCCAACGGCCGGAGGUCGCCUAACUGCGGCAACAUGAAGUUCUUCAGUGCUGUCGCACUACUAUCACUGGCCAUUCCGGCUUGCCUUGGUGCCGGAAUCAAAACAAUUGUCAGAGGAGGUGCUGCCCUUCCAGGAACAGUAGCUGCUGCUCCACUAAGCUCACUGCCCGCCAUCCCUGCAGUCACCAGUGGGGUCAGUUCUGUAGUUACCCCAAGCGUCACAACUGGGCUCACCGGCACUGGCCUCGGAACCGUGCCCGGAUCCGUCACCGGAACGUUGGGUGGUCUUACUGGCUCUUACCCUAGCUCCCUCAACGGGCUCGGCGGUGGCCUGUGGGGAAGCUACCCGGGUUCCUGGGGUGGUUCCCUGGGUGGUCUUUAUCGCUCCUACCCUGGCUACCUCGGUGGGUUCGGUCGUGGACUCUAUGGUAGCUACCCAGGUUCUUUCGGUGGCUCUCUUGGUGGUCUCUAUGGCACCUACCCUGGCUACUUUGGCGGGUUUGGUCGUGGACUCUACGGAAGCUACCCUGGCUCCUUCGGUGGAUCUCUGGGUGGCCUGUAUGGAUCCUAUCCCGGUAGCUUUGGUGGAUACCUCGGGGGUCUUUCCGGAUAUUACCCUGGAAGGUUUGGUGGAGCUCUGAGUGGUCUCUAUGGAUCCUACCCUGGUAGCUUUGGUGGAAUCCUUGGUGGCCUCUCCGGAUCCUACCCAGGAAGCUUUGGUGGAGUUCUUGGUGGUCUCUACGGAUCUUACCCUGGUAGCUAUGGUGGAUACCUUGGUGGUCUUUCCGGAUAUUACCCCGGAAGACUUGGUGGAGUUCUCGGUGGUCUCUAUGGAUCCUACCCAGGUAGCUUUGGUGGAGUACUAGGUCGCCUUUCUGGAUCCUACCCAGGAAGCUUUGGCGGAGUUCUCGGUGGUCUCUAUGGAUCCUACCCCGGUAGCUUUGGUGGAGUCCUUGGUCGUCUUUCCGGAUCUUACCCAGGAAGCUUUGGCGGAGUUCUCGGUGGUCUCUACGGUUCCUAUCCAGGAAGCCUUAGUGGAGUUCUCGGUGGUCUCUACGGAUCCUACCCAGGUAGCUUUGGUGGAGUACUAGGUCGCGUUUCUGGAUCCUACCCAGGAAGCUUUGGCGGAGUUCUCGGUGGUCUCUACGGAUCCUACCCCGGUAGCUUUGGUGGAGUCCUUGGUCGUCUUUCCGGAUCUUACCCAGGAAGCUUUGGUGGAGUUCUCGGUGGUCUCUACGGAUCCUACCCAGGUAGCUUUGGUGGAGUCCUAGGUCGCCUUUCUGGAUCUUACCCAGGAAGCUUUGGCGGAGUUCUCGGUGGUCUCUACGGAUCCUACCCCGGUAGCUUUGGUGGAGUCCUAGGUCGCCUUGCUGGAUCCCACCCAGGAAGCCUUGGUGGUGUUUUGGGUGGUCUCUACGGAUCCUACCCUGGUAGCUUUGGCGGAUACCUUGGUGGUCUUUCCGGAUACUAUCCCGGAAGAUAUGGUGGCGCUUUGAGCGGUCUGUAUGGAUCCUACCCCGGAAGCUUUGGUGGAUACCUUGGUGGUCUUUCCGGAUACUACCCCGGAAGAUUUGGUGGAGCUUUGAGUGGUCUGUACGGAUCCUACCCCGGUAGCUUCGGUGGAUACCUUGGUGGUCUUUCCGGAUACUACCCCGGUAGAUUUGGUGGAGCUUUGAGUGGACUUUACGGAUCCUACCCUGGUAGCUUUGGUGGAUAUCUUGGAGGUCUUUCGGGAUACUACCCCGGAGGCUAUGGUGGAUUGGGUGGCCUCUUCGGUGGCUUCCCUGGCUACGGCGACCGCAGUCUCGCCAGUCUUUUCGGCAGAGGAGCAUAUCCUGGCUUCUACGGAGCUACCACCUUGAACCUCAUUGGCAACCGCAACUUUGCCCUUCUCGGACGAUUCCCCCCUCCACAUGGUAUUGGGGCCGUCGAGCGCAGGGGGCGAUUCCUACCUCAUCCCGUUGACAUCCGCACUACCACUGACCCCGUAACUGGUCACCCCAUGGUUCAGGCUGUCUACUUUGGAAACCUGCGUGAGCGCAUCGUGCCUGUGCCAGUCCCAAUCCCAACAGAUGUCCCAUACCCAGUACCAGUUCCCGUGCCACAGCCAUAUCCAGUUCCCCGCCAAGUUCCUUACCCAGUGCCCGUCCCUGUAGCCCACCCAGUACCAGUCCACACUAACACUGAAGUGCACAAGACCGACGUUGUAGCCGCCACUCCACAAGGCGCAGUUCUCGUCGACAGAGCAGUAACUGACGUCCGACCAGGCGCAGCCACCGUUGUGUAAAGAACGCCCAAGGACAAAAUCAAGUUACUUCAGUUCAUUCAAUGGAUGGACCAUUAAAUGCGCAUUCAAAAUAAACAAAGUUUUAUCUGAGGAAAAA